GCGCUUUCAGUAUUCUGUCCAAACCUCAACAGAGCAGGAAGAAUAUUCUGUCCAAUUUCUGCCAAAUUGGAGUGUACUUCCUUCGCACUUUGCUGAGUCACCAGGAGAGUUUUUUUUGUACCAGCCAGCUACCAAACUACAGACAAGCGACGCGUAUUGUGAGGACAUUCUAGCCGUUUUUAGAAAUUAACUUCUAGAACCGACACAACUCAUAUCACCAUGUUUGAGGCUCGUUUGGUCCAGGGCUCUAUCCUGAAGAAGGUAUUGGAGGCUCUGAAAGAUUUAAUCACAGAGGCGUGUUGGGACGUCAGCUCGUCCGGCAUCUCACUCCAGAGCAUGGACUCUUCUCACGUUUCCCUCGUCCAGCUCACCCUUCGCAGCGAUGGCUUUGACUCGUAUCGCUGCGACAGAAACCUCGCCAUGGGAGUCAAUCUGACCAGCAUGUCAAAGAUCCUGAAGUGUGCUGGGAACGAAGACACCAUCACCCUGAGAGCGGAGGACAACGCUGACACGCUGGCCCUUGUGUUUGAGACGCUCAACCAAGAGAAGGUCUCAGACUAUGAGAUGAAGCUGAUGGACCUUGAUGUGGAGCAGCUGGGGAUCCCAGAACAGGAGUACAGCUGUGUUGUGAAAAUGCCAUCGGGGGAGUUUGCUCGUAUAUGCCGGGACCUGUCCCAGAUUGGGGAUGCGGUCAUGAUCUCCUGCGCCAAAGACGGAGUAAAGUUCUCCGCCACCGGAGAACUGGGAACGGGCAACGUUAAGUUGUCCCAGACCAGCAACGUGGACAAGGAGGAGGAGGCUGUCAGCAUUGAGAUGAAUGAGCCGGUCCAGCUUAUCUUCGCUCUCAACUACCUGAACUUCUUCACCAAGGCCACGCCUCUGUCCAAAACUGUCAUCCUCAGCAUGUCUGCAGACAUCCCUCUGGUGGUGGAGUACAAGAUUGCUGACAUGGGCCACGUCAAAUACUACCUGGCUCCCAAGAUCGACGAGGAAGCGUCUUAGGAAAACUACAACAGACAGAGAGCAAAAGGGUGGUGGGGGCAGGGGUAGAGUCGUUUCUCAAGAUGAAUGUUAGUGGCGUUUCUUUAGGUUUUUGUAUGUUUGAUGUGUCUGCUAUGAAAAGCAUGUGAGAGAUUAAUUUCCAGACAUGGUCAUAUGACUGCCUCUUACUACUGUUUUAAAUGCUUAAUUCUCGCCUCCAGCUCUCAUGACUGUGUGGGUGUCUGUUUCUCCUGGCCUAUUCUGAGCACCUGUUACCACCACUGCAGAACAUUAGGCAGGUUAAGCUCAUACUGCAUCAGUGGUAUAGAUAAUGUUCUAUCCCUCCAUCCAUCUCUAUGGAAACACUCAUUCUGACUUAAUUCUGUAGAUAUAUGCCUGUAAAUAUGUUGUGGUCACGAGGUAUUAAACCACCUGUUUUUGUAUUCAUUAAUUCAAUGCCCCAAUAAAGAAAUUUUUCUGUUUG